AUGGCAUUAGAUUCGUUGGAUAUCGCCGUCUUGGUGGCCCUCGUUAUUGGGACUUUAGCAUUUUUCACUAAGGGAAAACUUUGGGGUGUUGAGGACAACCAAGGUGGCUUCCUUAAGAAUGCUGAAGCUACAACUUCAACUGAUUUGAUAUCAGUGCUAAAAAAAAAUAAUAAGAACACCGUUGUCUUCUAUGGAUCUCAGACUGGUACAGCUGAGGACUACGCUUCUAAGUUGUCCAAAGAGUUGAGCUCAAAGUUUGGCUUGAGUGUCAUGAACGUUGAUUUUGCUGAUUAUGAAUACGAGAACUUCGCUGACAUUACGGAUGAUAUCUUGUGUUUUUUCAUCGUCGCUACUUAUGGUGAAGGAGAGCCUACUGACAAUGCCAUUGAUUUCGUUGAGUGGAUGGAUAAUGAAGCCGACACGUUAUCGAGCCUUAGGUAUGCUGUCUUUGGUUUGGGUAACUCUACCUAUGAGUUCUAUAAUGCCAUUGGUAAGAAGUUCGAUACAAAAUUGGAGGAAUUAGGAGCUGAAAGAUUUGCACCAUACGGCGAAGGUGAUGAUGGUCAAGGUACAAUGGACGAAGAUUUUUUAUCUUGGAAAGACUCAGUUUUUGACUCAUUAAAGAGUAACUUAGAUUUUGAGGAACGGGAGUCUGUAUAUGAGCCAAGUUUGAAGCUAAUUGAAAGACUUGAUUUGAGUAUUGACAGUCCUAAUGUUUCCUUAGGUGAGCCAGACAAGCUGUAUUUAUCGCACACGUCCGAUUUGAGCAAAGGUCCAUUUGAUCACACGCAUCCUUAUUUGUCAAAAAUUGUGAAAUCCAAAGAAUUAUUCAAUUCAAAAGAUAGAUUUUGCGUUCAUGCAGAAUUUGAUUUGUCUAAUACCAACUUAAGAUAUACAACAGGUGACCAUUUGGCUAUAUGGCCAUCAAAUUGUAAUGAGAAUAUCGAGUCAUUUCUUACUGCUUUUGGACUAGGUGAUAAACUUGAUGAUAUUUUCGAAUUGAAAGCACUUGAUUCUACUGUAUCUAUCCCUUUUCACACGCCUAUUACUUAUGGAGCUGUUGUUAGACACCAUCUUGAAAUAUCAGGAGACGUUUCAAGGCAGUUCAUUUCUUCAAUUGCUAACUUUGCUCCGAGUGAGGAUGCCAAAAAGGAGACUUUAAGAUUAGGAAAUGAUAAGGUGGCCUUUGCUGAGGAAAUCCACCACAAGAGAUAUAAUAUUGCCGAUGCUUUAUUACAUAUAUCUAAAGGGGAACCUUGGAAAGACGUGCCUUUUGAAUUCAUUAUCGAAUCUAUUUCUCAUUUACAACCAAGAUACUAUUCAAUUUCUUCAUCGUCCUUGUCUGAGAAGACAAGCAUACACAUCACUGCUGUUGUGGAAGGCGAAGAUCUUGGGGACCACAUAAUUACUGGUGUUGUUACAAAUUUAUUAAAGGAUAUAGAAAUUGUGCAAAAUGGCUCAAAGGAUAAACCUUUAGUACAUUACGACUUGUCUGGUCCAAGGGAUUUGUAUAACAAAUUCAAAUUGCCCGUUCAUGUUAGAAGAUCAACUUUUAAGUUACCAAGUAGCCCUAGUGUUCCAAUUAUAUUAAUUGGUCCAGGUACUGGUGUUGCACCGUUCAGAGGAUUCGUUAGAGAAAGGAUCGUUCAAAAAAAUAACGGAAGCGAAGUGGGGGAGACUAUUUUGUUUUAUGGUUGCAGAACUGAAGAGGAGGAUUUCUUGUAUAAAGAAGAAUGGCCGGAAUAUGCUAAAGAGCUAGGUGUAUCGUUUCAAAUGUACACCGCGUUUUCAAGACAAGACCCUUCGAAAAAAGUUUACGUGCAAGAUAAAGUAUCAGCAAAUGCAUCCAAGAUUAGCAAAUUAUUGGAAGAAGGUGCUUUCAUAUAUGUUUGUGGUGAUGCUUCAAAAAUGGCAAGAGAUGUUCAGAAUGCUAUAACUAAGAUCUUAUCUACCGAAAGAAAUAUUACAUUUGAAAGAGCUGCUGAAUUAAUCAGAUCUUAUAAAGUUCAAAACAAAUAUCAGGAAGACAUAUGGUGA